AAUUGAUAAUAAUUCAACUGUCACCUGAUUAUAAGCAGUUUUUUUUUUGUUUCGCGUUUAUCGUUGGGGAGGGAAGAGCAACAAAUUUCCGAUACGCAUCGGAAAGUUACGUGCACUAAAACGAAGAAAAAAUAAGAAAAGAAGCUGCGUAUUAUUAUAUAAAAGUUGUACUCUGUACGUUGGUAGGAGUCGUAGCUUCAAUUGUUAAUCCAUCUUUCACUUGUUUUUCUUUUGAUGGAUGUGUUGACAUAAUGGGCAUACAUUGAGCAGUAGCAGUAAUUCGAUUAGGAAGUUCGUGUUUUUUUUUUUGUUCUUUCACACACACACACACAAAAAGUUCUCAUCGUGGAGAUGUCGACGAGCGCGAGCCCAGCAGAGCCAAGCGCGAGCCCCCCAGAGCCCAGCACGAGUGGCAACAGCAGUCAGAAGGAAGGUGCAGGUGAAGAGGCCAGAGAUGAUCGCAACUUCGAGUGCAACAUUUGCUUGGACACUGCAAAGAAUGCUGUGGUCAGCAUGUGCGGACAUCUCUUCUGCUGGCCAUGUCUGCACCAGUGGCUGGAGACAGCAUCUGCCCGACAGGUCUGUCCCGUGUGCAAGGCUGCGAUAAGCAGGGAGAAAGUCGUUCCACUCUACGGCAGGGGCAGCAGUGACCAGCAGGAUCCCAGGGAGAAUUCCGCGCCGAGACCGUCCGGACAAAGGACCGAACCGGAUGGUUCCCUCUUCAAUGGAUUCGGAUUGGGUGAUAACAGUUUCCAUCUGUCGUUCGGGAUCGGAGCGUUUCCCUUCGGUUUCUUCACGUCCACUUUCAAUUUGGGCGAGACCAGACCGAGUCCGGCGGCGAUGGGAACUCCUCAGCAUCUCGAAGAGCAGUUCCUUUCGAAGAUAUUCCUUUGGCUCGCCAUCAUUUUCAUCGCGUGGCUUCUUCUCGCGUAGAUGAUGAAGGAGUUGGAUGGAAAUACAAAUAAACCGCAUCGCAUUCAUCGUUGAUUAUUUCUCUCUUGAUGUCGUCGUAGGUAUUACGUGCAAAAUGUUAUGUGUUUCAAAAGCAAACAACAAAAAAGUUAUUCCUUUCUUCACUCGUACACGCUCACACCAUCUGUACUACACCCACCUCGCCCAAGAUUUUCGCGAAUAAUUCGAAUUUGAUAUGAAAUUAGUUGAUUUCUAUUUUUACGCCUGGAACAAACAUCUUUUUCUCUUCAAAAAACAAACAACUAAAACAUAUAGGUUUAUAAUACAUAUAUGUAUGUAUGUAAUAAUAAUUAUUAUGAUAAUCGUUUAGUUCUAAUCAAAAUAUCACUUGUGCAAGAGAGAGAGAGAGAGAAUACUAUGUGCGUGUGUUAUGAAAGUGUGUGUGCAUUUCUCUUCUAUAAUUAUGUUUUUCCUCCUCUUCUGGUUUAUGUAUAUAAUAUAUAUUUUAAUGUUGAAUAAAGAGAAUCUUAGGUGGGUU